GAGUGGCCAGGGGCUGAGUUUAACAAAGUAUCAUAUCACACAUGCAGUCGACCGCCGCUUCCACAUCAUCGGGUGCAAAGAGCCUGCAGCCGCGCCUGCACUCACGACCACACCUGUCGCCGCCAAGCGUGUCCACGCUUUUGACGCAGGGGGCUGAGGGUGACACCGCAUCACCGUCGCCAGCAGGCGCACCGGCGCGGACAGUCGAGGACCGCUUGGCUGCGUUGGAGGAGUCUGUACAGGAGAUUCUGAAGAUCCUACGCUUCAUCACGUGCUGCUGCCCGUGCGUAUAAAUGUGACGCGCAAGCGUUCCCAAGCACACACCCGCGAGCAACUACGUGGCCACACACACCCGACUGCGAAGCUAGCGUGUGUGGAGCUAGACACAUGCUGCAUGCAGCAGAAGCGGGUGUUCCUAGUUGCUAGCUGGCUGUCUACUGUGCUCGCUACACGCGUGUGCCAAGCUGCUGCUGGUGAUGGCGAUGGUGUUGGGGACUCGUAUGAGUUUGGCCUGUGUUUGCUGGUUGCAGUAGCCUCCAGUUGUGGGCUUGGGGUUGCGGGUGGGUGCACAGAGCUUGCAGCCCACGCAACCCACGCAGUGCGCUCUGUCGUGGGGGUGGUUCUGUCAUUCGACAUGCAUGCACGAGGCAUGAGGGGAAGGUAGGAAAGGGUGUGACUGCGCUAGGUGUACAGGGAUGGGUUGCUGGGUGCAUGCGGCAGAGAACUGGCACUGAACUACAUUUCGGCUGGCUGAGCGCACGGUGCGAUUGACCGCUGCAACUGCUGCAACAGCUGGAUAGUGACGGGUGUGGAGCCACUGACGUGGAUUGGCCAGUGGUGAACGAGCUGAAGGCAGCAGCAGUUGCGUGCCCAUGGGGUUCACAUCAUUGGGUUGCACUCGGCUGUAAGGAGGACACUGC